AAAUAUAAAUAAAGCACAUACUUGGUCGUAAUAAAAUACUUGGUCUUAAGCUUAUCAUACUAACAACAGCGGGAAGAUGAAGAAUCACAAAAUAAAUCCAGCAAAAUAUAAAAGAGUGAUAGCUAUUCUGAUAUUAACAUGUUUCCAAUGCUACGCAGCAGUCAUCAAAAUAGAAGGGUUAAAAUUCAUGAUGAAUGGUGUACCGGUGACAUUACAGUUUGCUAAUGAAACCAAAGAUAAUUGGAAAAGCGCUGAUGAUGACGAAAUUGUUGCCAAUGUAACUGUGGAUGCUGUAGAAAUUAAUGAUUCUAAAGUAAUUACUCUAAGUCAUCUAAGUAAAGAAGAUAUUCCUGAGGAUAAAGACAAAGACAUUAACAGUAAUCCUAAUCAUCGCACAUCAGAUGACAAUAUAGCAGCAGAUAAUUUACUAAGAAGAGGAUUUGAAGUUCCUUCAGUUUACGUGCCAAUUAGUGAAGAUAUGGCGAAUCCUGAGUUCAUACCUCACGGUCCAGAGAGGAAACAGUUUAGGGAUGGGCUAUCUCUUAUUGAUAGUAAAGGAGGUGAAUUAAGUGUGCAAUUGUAGCCUUAGCCGG